AUGGCCUCUGGCUACUGGCUCAGUGGCUUGCUGGUCACUGCGGUCAGCUUUGCGCUUCCGAAGCUUUGGCAGCCUUCUCCUGAGACCAAGCUGUGGACAAGGACCUUCCCUCAGACCUCAGCGAAGCCUUGUGCAAAUGCAGAAGAGGCGCUCCUUGCCGGCAGAGACAGAGCCACCCAGGUCAUCGACGAGAGCGUCGCCCAGUCCCUGCAGCGGCCAAGCCGCUUCUACGGGCUGUCCCUGCUGCGUGGAGCCAUCGAAGGCGAUAUGGUGGCGCUGAUGCGCGAGGAUGCUUUGUACCUGCUGCGACAGGGCCGCUUGACGCCAUCAGGUGACCCGAACGAGCCGCAAUUGACUGAGCAGUACAAGAGAUACCUGGGCAGUCUCCCAGUGCUGACCAUCCUGGAUCCACAGCGAGCUGCUGCGGAAGGCUUGGUUGGUCUGGCCUAUGGAGCAGCGUUCCUGACAGGCGUCUGUGGCCGCUUGAAUGAGCUGGGGUCACAGCCCCUGGAGCCCGGCACGCUGCAGCUUGCUUGUUACGAUGGCGAGGGUGUGGCCUACCAUGUGCACGAGGACUAUGUCCCACAGAAAGAUUACAACCCGGAAGAUCUGCCAGAGCAUCAUCGCCUGGCCUACAAGCGGCGAGUCACCGCCAUCCUGUAUUUGCAGGAGGACUGGAGGGAGAACCUGGGCGGCUCAUUCCGAGCCCAUGCAGUGCGGCCAGAGAGGGAUGAUCCUCCUCCUGCUGACUAUGUGGAUGUGCUGCCUGAGGGCGGCUCACUCAUCCUCUUUCGGUCGGACAUGCCGCACGAAGUGCUCCCGACUUACGGCCAGCGCUUUGCGCUCUCCAUGUGGUGCCAUGCGGACGGGUCGAGGUCUCAGUUGUUCUUCCUGUUACGACCAUGGCCUCUCCAGACAUCGGGUGAGCAGUGCUUCAACAUGACGGCCUGUGCAUUUCAGAUCGAUGACCGCGUGACCAUCGUGCGGACAAAGCACUGUGGCACAGUGAGAUAUGUCGGGGCUACGGAUUUCGCUCCUGGAAUCUGGAUAGGCCUCAGACUGGACGAAAAAGCCGGCAAGAACAACGGCUCUGUCAAGGGCAAAGUCUACUUCGAGUGCGAGGACGAGCAUGGCAUCUUCGCGAGGCCCACGUCGCUCUCCCCGGCCGACACGGGACGCAGGUUCAGCAAAUCCUGCCUGCUGCCAUAUGUUUCCUGGCAGCAGCUGCAACAAGCGCCUCUCAAAUUGCCGAUUUAUCCUGUCAGCCUAUCGAAUGACGUUGUGGCAAAGCAGACCCCCUCACCACCCGCCGGAGCGGACGAGGGUCGCAGCCAAGAGGUUCUUCAGGGCGAGCAAAUGGAGCUCCCGAACGCCAUGGAGACCACGGAGACGGAGACCAACCAGCAAAAGCACCUGCUGCAGCAAAGUGCCAUGUCGCUACAACGAGCCCUGGAAUUUCAGAGAGCGGCAGGCCAAGGCGGUUUGCAGAAGCCAGGCUUUCUCCAGGCCCUUUGCAGAUCGUGCGGUGCGAAGGUGUCCGAAGUUCAGGCGGAGAAGCUGUGGGCUGGCUUUCUGGAGCAGAGUGAAGCUGGCGAGCCAAUGCGGCUCCCGACCUUCUGGGCUAUUUGUGAAGCUGUUUUGCGUGGAGAUGCCUGGGCUGCCGAGUUCGCCGCCCUAGCCGAGGAGGAGUAUCGGUCUGAAGCACCAGUGAGUUCUGAG